AUGGAGGGCGGCGACUCGUCCGGCGCCGGCGGCGCCGUGGCCGCGGCGGCCAAGUGGCGGAGCGACGCGUCGCGGGCGUUCCAGUACUACCUGGACCGCUCGACGCCCCACGCCACGGGGCGGUGGCUCGGCACGCUCGCCGCCGCGGCCAUCUACGCGCUGCGGGUCUACAUGGUGCAGGGCUUCUACAUCGUCACCUACGGGCUCGGGAUCUACCUCCUCAACCUCCUCAUCGGUUUCCUCUCCCCCAUGGUCGACCCCGAGCUUGACCCCUCCGCCGCCGCCGAGGGGCCGGCGCUGCCCACCCGGGGGUCCGACGAGUUCAAGCCCUUCAUCAGGCGCCUCGCCGAGUUCAAGUUCUGGUAUGCAAUCACAAAAGCUUUUGUUAUAGCUUUUGUGAUGACUUUCUUCUCAGUGUUUGAUGUUCCUGUCUUCUGGCCUAUACUCCUCUGCUACUGGGUUGUUCUCUUUGUCCUUACAAUGAAGCGCCAGAUUGUGCAUAUGAUCAAAUACAAAUAUGUGCCUUUCAGUAUCGGGAAGCAGAAAUAUGGUGGGAAGAAGGGUGUGGCCAGCACCAGUUCCUCAAAAGACUGA